AUCGUGCUGCUCAUCGGUCUCCUCGGCAUCCUGAUCAACGUAGCGGGCUCGGCAGAGCCCCUGGGCUUCAGGCCCAUGACGCCGCAGCGCGGCCAGCGCAUCGGCGAGUCGAGGCUACCGGCACCACAGUGGGGACAGCCUCACGAGCAGAACGUACAGGGUCUGCCGGCGGCAGAGCUGGCACAGCAGAGCACAUCCAAGGUCCCGCCGUUCUGGGCGCCGUACCUCGAGCAGCGCGGGUACCCCUUCAGGCUGUGGGUCCAGGACGUGAUGCUGUGGUGCGCGGCGACGGAGCUGCAGCAGCACCAGCGCGGCCCAGCGAUCGUCCAGCGUCUCGGCGGCACGGCGAGGGACCUCUGCCGCGAGGUGCCGGUCGAGGCCAUCGCUCACGGCAGGUUCGACCAGCUUGGCAACCUGGUCGAGAACGGAGUACAGAUGCUGAUCACCGGACUCAGGCGGCGCUUUGGCCCGCUCGACGUCCAGUCGUCGAUCAGCACCAUCGUCGAGCUGCUCACAAUCCGCAGGCAGGAGUGGGAGAGCGUCGAUGACGCGAUCACGCGCUUCGAGGCUCUGCGCGCCCGAGUGGCGCAGCUGGACGACCCGCUCGUGCUGCCGACGCCGGUGCUCUCGCUGUUGUUUCUGGAGGCUCUGCAUGUGCCCAAGGCUGUGUACCCCUUGGUGCUGCAGUCCAACGGCGGCCAGCUGCCAUUGACGAUCGAUCAGCUGAACAGCGUGAUCGGGAUGGUGCGGCAGCAGGGCCACUUCGCGGAGCACACCCACGCAGGACCUCAGAACUUGGCUGAAGGGUACCGCGGCAAAGGAUAUCAUGGUCAUCAUUGGUUCACGGGCGAGAAUGACAGCGGCGCAAACACCUGGCACGACACGGCCGCCUACAUGUAUGGUCAGAACGCAGUCAGCACGGCAGGGAGCGCUGGAUCUGCAUCUCAGCACUACGUGGUCCAGGACGACGAGGGCUACGAUUGCUGCGCCGUCUGCUCGAGCUACCUGUAUGAGGACGAGCCCGGGGACGAUGACUCGAUGACCGACGACGAUGACUUGGACACUUCCCAGUUCACUCAGGAAGAACUGCAGGAGUAUUAUGGUGACUCCGAGGGCUGGGACUACGACACCCUGCUACAUGAGUGCCUGUUCCCGAAGCGCAGGUUUCGCCACUUCGUCCAACGGAACAGCCGCCGCUCUCGUUUCCCGCGCAGCAACUGGUCUCUACGUAUGAACAGCGGCAAGGGCGGCAGCAGCUUUGGACGCGGGCGAGGCCACGGCAAGGGAUACCACUUCGGCGGAUCGGUGGUGAACCCAGGCUCACUGGCGGGAGGAAAAGGUAAGAAGAAGAAGGGCGGCAAGCACUACAUGGCUGGCACGCCCGGCGCCACCAAUCCCCGAGGCAGCGACGGCCGCACGAUGCGGUGUCACGAGUGCGACUCGGAGACUCACCUCGUGGCCGCCUGCCCCAAGCGCAAGGGCAAGGGCAAAGGCAAGCGCUUCAUGUCCUGGAACACUGGCAGUGCCGCGACGGGGACGCAGCAGGCCGGGGCUCCUGCCGCCGACCCAACGUUGGCCGCCUAUGCGCCCGUGCCCGCGCAGCCGCGGACUGGAGCCUUGUCUGGAGUGCUGCGCUGGUUCACUGAGGACGCCAGGACGCCCGGCCUGCAGAUCGACGAUCUUGACGAGGACACCUCCCGCGAGGCUCUGAGCUGGGAGACCCUUGACAUGCGCGACAACGUCGCGGAGCACGACAUACUAACGGAGAUCCAGGCCAGCAUGCAGGACCGAGCUGUGGAGGAGCAGCCUCCGGCGACAGUUGGGCGAUCAGCGGCCGUGACCAGCCCGACAUGGUUCCCAUGGUGGCGAGUGGAUCAGUUCGAGAACGCCAGCGGGGAGACCUACUUGGUUCGCACCCGCAUGAAGGACAGGAGUGGCGAGGCUCUGCUGGUGGACCCCGGGGGUCCAGGCAACCUUACUGGCGACGAGUGGGGCAACAGGAUGGCAGCGCGACAGCAGCAGGCAGGACGUCCACCGCCUAUCCGCACCCCACUUGACCGGGUGCUUGAGGUUGGCGGUGUGGGUUCAGGAUCUCAGCAGGCCACGCACGCCCAUCGCUAUCAACUGGCGCUGCAGGGAGGACAAGCCGCGACCUACGAGGCGCCGGUGCUUCCGAACAGCAGCGUGCCGGCACUGCUCGGGCGAGCAUCACUGCGGGACCAGCGCAUACUGCUCGACUGCUUCAACAAUCGCAUGUACCGCAUCGGCCCGGGCGGCUACUCACUGCAGCUGAGCCCAGGAUCGUCGCAGUACCACCUGGAAGAGAGCCACGCCGACGGGAACAUCGGGGAGUUCGGGACCCACGAGGACGAUGGCAUUGGCGACUUCGACGACAUCAGAUUCGACAUCCUUACCUGCAGCAACCGCAUCGACUCCCGCAUCCACCAGGACGGCAAGCAGGAAGACCACUACUGCGACGUCAUCCGGCAGUGGGAAGUACAGGGGAGACCGCCAUCGGCAUGGGUGUUCGGCGACUUGCAGAACCUGUGCCAGAACGCGCUGCACGGAUGCGGAUAUGCGGUAGGUCGCAACUGUGAUGUUCACAAAGUCCUCGGGCAGGAGGAUAAGUGGGCGGAUUCCUUGCGCCACCAGCAGCCGGAGCUCGUUUGGAUCAGCCUGGCUCAGCCGGGCACGUCGCGAGGCACUCGCAACGACAAGCGAACCAAGCGCUUCGAGUGUAAGAUCGCUCGAGCUCAACUUGAAGGGCAUCGCUGCUGCAUCGUCGAGGCGGACGAGGGCAGCGCGGUGUGGGACAUGCCCGACAUCUUGGAGUUGCUGGACGACAGGAGGUGGCACUCAGGUGAGCGACGUCGCCCUGGCCGAGUAUCAUUCGCGGACGACGUCGACGAGACCGGCUGCAAGGUGAGCGCGCUGACCGCGAGCUUUCCCACCGAGCAGAGGACGCGCGACAAGGCGCGCAAGGCAGCAGACCCGGAGCGCAAGGUGAAGAAGAGGCCACAGACAGUGGAGCAGGUCUUCGACGACUGCGGCUCCGAUUUCACGAAACUCUACGCGGCGAACGAAUACGAGCUGGACGAGGUGUGCUACGGCACCGAGCUCAGGGAGGACCAGCACAUCGAUGAGCAACCGUACAUCAUGAUGUCCGAGUUCUUUGGCAUGAUCGGCUCGGAGGCACACCUGAACGAGAAAGACGAGCAGCAGAACUUCUUCAGCUCGGUCAAGAGGCAGUUUUGGGAAUAUCUGUACCAUGGCAAGCCUCUUGUUUUACUCAUUAGCACGCCCUGUACGAGCUUGAAGGGGUUCUCGGCGCUCAAUAAGGUCAUCAACUACGACGGUUGGCUUCGCAGUCGCAAGACAUCAGUGGGGCUGGCCCGCAUCGCCGCUGCAGCGGCGUGCACUCAGAUGGACGCCGGACGCCACUUUGUGUCGGAGCAGCCGUUGGGCAGCGACUUCUACCAGCUCGACGACUGGCAACACAUCGCCAACAACUACGCGGUGGCGUGGUGCCAAGUCGACCAGUGCAUGGCCGGCAAGAUCGGGCGGCGAACGGGACUACCGAUCAAGAAGUCCUCGGAGUUCUGGGCUUCGGACGAGCGCCUGCUCGCCGGACUCAGGAAGUUUCGCUGCGACGGCCAGCACGAUCACGCUUUGCUGGCCCAUGGUGGCCGAGGACCCCAUCCAGAGCGUGACAAAUGGCGACUAGAGAACCCCAAGGAUCACGCGGAGUGGGCGAUUGGCAUCUGCCGGGAGCUGGCGGCGAGCAUCUCCCAGAUGGUGGAGCGCGUGAGGCAUCAGGGACACCACCUCGUGGUGUACGAGUGCUACCCACGGCCGCUGUGCAAUCCGGCGGAGCCGGACGAGACAUCAGGCGGCGCCUCGGGAUCGGCGGACGCCAUCGGCGAGGCGCCCGUCGCGGAGCAGCCGGCUGCAGCCCCAGCCGCGCCAGCCCGAGCAGCUCGCCUCAGAGAGCUGCUGACCAAGGCCGGCGCUCCUGCAUCUACGCUGGCCCUGGUGAAGGAGAUCUGCGACACGUGCCGGGUGUGUAGGCUAUGGGCGAGACCGGGGCCGAAGAGCAUGACGAUCUCUCGGCUCGCGACGGGUUUCAACGAGAUGGUGCAGUGGGACAUCCUCUACAUCGGCGAACAGAUGGUGGCACGCAUGAUUGAUGAGGCGACCCGCUGGACGGUGCUGUACAUUCUGGAACGCAAGACAACGAUCAUGAUUAUCGCCGGCAUCACUCAGGGAUGGCUACGCCUUCAUGGCCCCAUGAAGCUGCUGAUUGCCGACAUCGAGGGCGGUCUCCAUGGCGAGGAGGCGUGCCAGUGGCUGGACCGCUGGGGCAUUGAGAUGAAGGCCAAAGAGGAGGGCUCGCACGCGCAGCUGGUGGAACGCCAUCACGACCUAGUGCGCAAGAUCAUACACCGCGUGCAGGCCCAGCUUGCGGAAGAAGGCAUUGUGAUGCCGUUGGAAAUCGUGAUCAUGGAGUGUGCCCUCAUCAAGAACCUCCUCAUCACCGUGGCUGGCUACAGCCCUUACCAGGCGGUGUACGGCCGACUUCCGCCCCUGCUCGCCGAGUUCGAGCCGGUGAGCGACUGCCAGAUCGACGACCAAUCGGCUGGCAUUCCAGGGAUCUCCCGACACCAUCAUCGGCUCCGCGAAGUUGCAAUGCAAGCCAUGGUGGAGAUGACCGCGAAGGACAGGCUGAGGCGCGCACUUCGAUCCAAGACGCGUGCCCCGCACGAGGCGCUGCAGCUGGUGGUCGGCGACCAGGUUGACUUCCACCGACCGCCGAGCACGAAGGAGGAGUCGGGGUGGCGCGGCCCGGCGACCUUGCUGCAGGACCUUCGGCGAAGCCUCGUCUACUUCGUGAUGUUCACGAAUAACAUCUUCUUCGAGGCAGGAUCGCGCGACCCGGUGGCCACCAUCAUGAGCUACGCGGACCAGCUGGACAGCAAGGUCGCGCGCGUCGGGUGGCUCUUCGACGCCGGGUGGAAGCGGACCGCUGACAGCCAGAAGCUCAGCGAGUUGGUCCUGGCGGUGUUGCACGUUGCCGCCAGUGGCUUCUACCUGGUGGGGUGCAUCGGCGCGCGAGUGGGCAAUGGCGUGUCCGUGCUCGAAGGAAUGGUCGGAUGCGACCACAGCUUCCUGUGGUGGUGGCGGCGCGGACGCCCAGAGCUGUCCUGGCACCACGAGGCGUCUGGAUCUGCUCGACUGAAGUUGGCUCCGAUAUUUGGCAAGGAACACUGGCCGGACGUCAGCUUCGUGCAGUUCAUCAUGACGGACGACGAGUCUGUUCGCGAACUUCGGCGACGUGAACCCGAGGAACCGCCGGAGCUUCAGGAGGAAGACUUCGACAUGACCUGGCAGGACAAGCCGAUAUCCGACACGAGUGAGCCAGCGGCGGCAGUUGAGGCCCCUGCGCCCCUGCACGAGCCAGCGCUCCCGAUCAAGGAUGAUGGUGGCAAAGACGACGACGGCGACUCGGACAGCGACGCGACCCAGGAGUACUUGUUCGCGAGCUGGCAGCACCUGAAGGAGCAGGCCGCUCUGCCUGCUGUUGACAUCGAGUGCGCUCAGAGCGACUUCUUCUUCGCAGCCCCGGACGCAGAUCACGCGGCAGAAGCAGUAGAGGAUGAUUCUUCGAAUUCCCGACCCGACUGCGUCGAGAUCGGCAUAGGUGCGCCACUCAUGUACUGGGUGCACCCUGAGGUGGAGCACAUACGACGACCUGGGUCAGGGGAGAUCUACAUCCUGCGCGUCUACAACACGGGCAAGCACGAGAUUGUCGUCGAGCGCGAGAUGAACGUGCUCACGCUGGAAGAGGCCCGAGCUCACGAAGUUGAAGUACGUCAGGCCAUGAAGGACGAGCUCGAGCGCUGGGCGGAGUUGAAGGCAUUCCAGCGUAUCCCGAAGGACCAGGCGACUAACAUCAUCGACUCGCGCUGGGUGCUCAAGUGGAAGGAGAUCGACGGCAAGAAGCAGGUGCGCGCGAGGCUCACGGUGAGAGGCUUCAAGGACAUGCAGUCACCGGAGCUGUCCACUUUUGCGGGUACUACGACACGAUGGGGACAACGAUUGGUGAAUCAGGUGACUGCACAGCGCAAGUGGCGAUUAUUCUCAGCGGACAUCAGCCAGGCGUUCUUGCGCGGUCUCACCUUCGAGCAGGUCGCCGCCAUGGACGGCGAGGUCAAGCGGAAGGUACAGUUCACGAUGCCGCCAGGAUCGAUCCCAGUCCUCCGGCAGCUGGAGGGCUACGAGGACUACAACCCUGUGACAGAGGUGUUGUUGCUCCUGCGCUGCGGCUUCGGUCUGAAGGACGCGCCGAGGCUGCGGCAGGUCAUGUCGAAGCAAGUGCUGGAGAAGACAGGAGGCAAGGCGCUCAUCAGCGACCCGCAGAUCUACGUGUACCACGACGCGAAGGGCGAGCUGCAGAUGAUCAUGUCCUCGCACGUGGACGACCUCAAGGGCGGCGGCGAGGACUACCUGCGGGAAAAGGUACUGAGCAUGAUCGAGAGCGAGUUUGGGAAGUUGAAGCGCCAGUACGACUUCUUUGAGUGCAUUGGCAUCAUGCACGAGCAGGACUCUGUGACCAAGGCCAUCUGGACGCAUCAGCAGCACUACGUUCAGCAGCUGCGACCUCUCCAGGAAGACCAGUAUGUGAUGGAGAACGAAGAUGGCCAGGUGAGCGUGGAGAGCCACGCGGCGUAUAUGUCGCUGCUCGGGGGGAUCGCAUGGAUGACGCAGACGAUGGCGCCCAUUGCAGUGCACGUCAGCUAUCUCCAGCGGCAGGCCAAGAAGCCAUCGGUCGGAGACAUCCGGAAGAUCAACAGGCUGCUGAAGUGGAUCAUGGUGAACUCGAAUCAGCUCGGAGUUCGGUUCAUCGAGUUGGACAUGACACGAGUGCGGUUGGCCGUCGUCAGCGACUCAGCCUUCCACGCCAUGGAGUUCGAAGGCUUGGCGAUCCGAGGAUGUGUGAUCAUGUUGCUGGAGUCCGACGACGACGUGCUUCAAACCGGAUCGACGUACAGGAUCGUGAUGCUUGACUGGUACAGCAGAAAGCAGAACAACGUAGUCAGGUCCACCUACGCCGCCGAGCUCAUGGCGUUGUUGGACGCACUCGGCACCGGCACCCUCAUGAAUGUGGCAUUGACCGAGAUCAGUGAAGGAGUAUGCACGGCGAACCAGAUGCGAGUGCGGCAGGAGGCCGGCGACCUAGCAUUGAAGAUGAUCGCGGCCAUCGACGCGAAGGCAGUGUUCGACGCCGUCUCCGCCGCCACCAUCAAGGUGACCACGGACAAGCGUAUGUUCGUGCCGACUCUCGCAGUGCGUGAGCAGAUCGACCGCCUCCAGCUGGCACAGCUCAGCUGGAUCGACACCGUGGACAUGCUGGCGGACGGGCUGACGAAGGGCGAGCUCGACCGGACGGCCCUCGUGAAGCUGGGCUUCAGCAGUGAGUGGCGCUUGAGCGGGCUGCAGCCAGUGGCCUUCUCAGUGCGCAGUGUGCUGGAGUGCCGCGCAGAGCGCUCGAAUUCCCGACCCGAGUGA